AUGAGUAGCCAAGAAGACGGACACUCAAUUCCAGAGAGAAAAGGCGCUGCAGGAGCUCCUACGCCACAGAACACUCCACUCAACGCUGCACCACUUGGAAGAGAGGGUUAUUCCAGGCCAACUGUCGCUGCAAUUGGCGAAGAUGAAGCUGGUGAAUCCUCUGCAGCAGCCAAUUUGCCUGUAGGCGCACUCCAGCAAUUGAUGCAAGGCCGCCUCGCUGGCUUAGUUGGAAAAUCAUCAGGCUACAUCGAAUCACUCCCCGAGGAAGUCAAGCAGCGCGUUUCUGCAUUGAAAGCUUUACAAUCUGAUCACAACAAGAUUGAAUCUCAGUUCCAAAAAGAAAUUCUCGAGUUAGAGAAGAAGUUUGCGCUCCGUUAUGAACCAAUUUACCAGCGUCGUAAGAUGCUUAUUGCCGGUGAACAGGAGCCUUCGCCUGAGGAGCUUAUCAAGGGCGAAGAGGUGGAUAAAGAGGAUGGUCUUCAAUUAGAAACCGACGAACAAGCCCCUCAAGCAUCGGAAUCAUCUAAGCAACUCGGCGACGUUAAAGGUAUCCCUCAAUUCUGGUUGACUGCCCUUCAAAAUCACCCAGGAAUUGCUGAUGUAAUUAAUGAGCGUGACAAUGAGGCUUUAGAGCGUCUGGUUGACAUUAGACUGUCGUACCUUCCACAACCUGGCUCAGAAUCUCAACAAGCUGGCUUCCAGCUCACUUUCCACUUUGCGGAGAAUGACUACUUCUCCAACUCAGCUCUUACAAAGACUUACUACUACCAAGAUGAAGUUGGCUACACUGGUGACUUUAUCUACGACAGAGCUGAGGGCUGUGAGAUCAGUUGGAAGGGUGAAGACGGCGAAAAAGACCUCACUAAGCGCAUCGAAGUAAAGAAGCAGCGCAACAAAAACACUAACAGAACCAGAGUCGUUAAGAAGGUUGUCCCAGAUGACUCAUUUUUCAACUUUUUCAAUCCACCAAAGCCACCACAUGCGCGUAUCGAGGAGAACGAAGAUGAAGAGGAGGAGGAUGAAAUGGCAGAGCUCGAUGAGAGAUUAGAGAUGGACUUUUCGUUGGGUGAGGAAUUGAAGGAGAGAGUUAUACCACGCGCAGUCGACUACUUCACUGGCAAAGCACUCGAAUUCACUAAUAUGGCGGAUGACGAGGACUUUGAGAGUGAGGAUGAGGAUGAGGAUGAAGACGACGAUGAUGACGAAGAUGCUCCUCAACCUCCUCCACAAGGUGAGGGUGGUGACUGUAAGAACCAAUAA